GGGGACGGGGGAACGGGACGGACCGGAAGUUGCGUCAUGCGCGGGUCCCCGAGGCGGCGCCGGUUGGAGUGCGAACUGCAGGCGGGAAAAUACGCCCUCGGUCACCGGCCCUGAGGCUCACGGAACCCGGGGCCUGAGUCGGUGCGGAGCCGCCGCUGGGGACCACGCGGAGCUCUGUGGCCGCUUGGCUGCACCCUCUCGCCCUGGGUGAGAGAAAGUCAAAAUGUCAUCCGUUACCCUGAACGGAGCAGCCCGGUGUCUCGGAGGCUGUGCGGGCCUGUCCUCGAGGCUGCAGUUUGCUCUUCGUCCUCAUCGCUGCAGAACGGGAAUGUCAACCUGGCAGAAACGGACGGCAGGGUCCGAGAGUCCCUCGAAAUCAAACCACAGCCGUGAGGAGGACCUGGCCAAAUCAGUACUGGAGGCUGAGGGCAACGGGAGGAGAUUAAAUGCGGUUACCGCGAGCGCCGAAGAGACCGUGUCGCCUGGGCCACAGAUAACGUUCCCUCCGAGUGCACGGUGGAAGCCAGAUGCGGUUCACCGCCGUUCGAAAGUCUCCAAAGUCGGCACAGCGCCGCGGUUGGACACCAAACCCGGUCAUGUCGGCAACCCGGAGCUGCGAGGCCUCCGAUACGACGAUUUUGCCAAGAGGAGAAGCCGGGACGUGUCCGUAAGUGCGGAGAGGCGGGAAGGCUCAGAGAUCCUGUUCGGGGUGGCGCCCUGCAGCUUGGCUUUCACACAGCUCCGCAGGCCCUUCCAGCUUUUCGUCAACAUAAAGCGGAGUCACCGGGUGGAGGUGCAGGCUAUCUGCCAGCGAGCUCGAGAGGUCGGAGUGCCAAUGAGGCAGGUGCCCAGGAAAGUCCUGGACAGGCUGUGUGAGGGCCGGGUACAUCAAGGGGUCUGCCUUGAGGUGACGCCCCUGGACUAUGUGGACUAUGAUCGAUACUCUUUAGCAGACACCGAGGAUUCGCAACCCAGAGACAGACCUGCUCUGUGGCUGGCGCUGGAAGACAUCCUGGAUCCCAUGAACAUGGGGGCCCUGCUGCGGUCAGCGUAUUUCCUCGGAGCUGAUCGCGUGCUAACAAGCCAGCAGAAAAGUUGCUCUCUGACGCCAACAGUGAGCAAAGCAAGUGCCGGGACUUUAGAAGUCAUGUCCGUGUAUCGCACGUCUAACUUGCCACACGCGCUGAAGAUGAAAGCAGCUCAAGGUUGGCGAAUAGCAGGAACCGUUGGGGUAUCAACGGAGGCUGUCCAAACCCCCGUCCUUCCGUGCUCGGAGUUUGAGUGGAAUGCAAACACCAUCCUGGUCCUAGGUAAUGAAGGCUUUGGCCUUUCAGAUGACGUGACCAGCCUUUGCCAUGUGAUGCUUACCGUCCCAGCUGGCAGACACUUGCAUCCUGGCAUUGAAUCCUUGAAUGUGUCUGUCGCUGCAGGAAUUCUCCUGCAUUGUAUAAGCAACAAGAGAACGAAAGGCUGACCGGGUCCUUAUCGUACCCCACCGUUCUGCCCUCACUUGACAUCUCAACACCAGCAGAGGACCGAUGACUCCCAAACCCUCCCUCUCCGCACCCACCCCUCCCCCCACCACAGUUCCAAGGGAUUUGAGGCCAUAUUGUCGUGCCCCACCUGAGGUCAGCCAGCACAGGAUUGAAGAUCAAACCGAGAGAUCUCCCUGCUCUUGUAUCAGAAAAACAAAUCCCUCGACGCGUUGACUGACAGAGAUUCAGAGACACACAUCGCUGAGUGUAUGUAAUAACUGCAUUUGUGCAAUAAACCACUUUGCUGGCUUUG